AUGGGGCACGUUGACCACGGAAAGACUACCAUACUCGACUACCUGCGCAAGAGUUCUGUUGCUGCAGGCGAGGCGGGUGGAAUCACUCAGCAUAUCGGUGCUUUCAGCGUUCCUCUUGCGAGCAGCGGCAAGACAGUCACCUUCCUUGACACUCCCGGACAUGCUGCUUUCUUGGCAAUGCGUCAAAGAGGUGCUAACGUGACCGACAUUGUCAUUCUUGUCGUUGCUGCUGACGACAGCGUGAAGCCACAGACGCUGGAAGCCCUUAAACACGCCAAGGCGGCUGGUGUACCCAUGAUUGUUGCAAUCAACAAGGUUGACAAAGAGGAGGCAGAUAUCCAGCGCUGCAAGCAAGAUCUUGCCAGACAUGGCGUGGAGAUUGAAGAUUUCGGCGGCGAGACCCAGGUCGUUUGCGUCUCUGGCAAGACUGGGAAGGGCAUGGAUGAGCUUGAGGAGAGCGUCGUCACCCUUUCAGAGAUUCUUGAUCACCGUGCUGACACCGAUGGAGCUGUCGAGGGCUGGGUGCUCGAAGCGACCACGAAGAAAGCUGGCCGUGUUGCGACUGUGCUUGUGCGCCGUGGUACCCUCAAACCAGGUUGCGUGCUCGUUGCUGGCAAGACUUGGACACGUGUGAGGACGUUGAGGAACGAAGGUGGCUUUGCGGUCCCCCAAGUCGGUCCUGGUAUGCCUGUUGAGGUUGACGGGUGGCGAGAUCAGCCUGUUGCUGGCGAUGAAGUCUUGCAAGCCGAGACCGAGCAGCAGGCCACGAGCGUUGUCGAUUUCCGCGACGAGAAGGCAGAGCGUGAGAAAAUCGCCGAGGACACCGAAGCCAUCAACGAGAAUCGACGACUCGAACAGGAGCGACGAGAAAAGGAGAAGGCUGCUGAAGCGGCUGCUAAGAGAGUCGCCUCGGUAUCCCGCGAGGACGCCUCCAUCUCUGCUUCUGUCCCCGGAGCCGAUGCAGAAGAACAGCAAUCCGGUCAGGUGACGGUUCCAUUCAUCAUCAAAGCCGACGUCUCUGGUUCCGCUGAAGCAGUUUCUGCCUACAUCAUGUCCGUGUCCAACCCGCUCAUCAUGCCGCAGAUCCUCUCUUCUGGUGUCGGCGCCAUUCACGAGUCAGACAUCGACCUUGCACACGCAGCUCAAGGGCACAUCAUCGCCUUCAACCUGCCCGACGAUCCUGACAUGAAAGCUUUGGCCGAGUAUCGCGGUGUGAAGAUCUUGGAGAACAAUAUCAUCUACCGUGUCUUGGAUGAUGUGAAGGCUGUUCUCGAAAACAAGCUUCCACCAAUCGUCACGCAGCGCGUACUCGGCGAAGCCGAAAUCGCCAUGGAGUUCGAAAUCGGCGUGGGUGGACGAAAGAAGGUGAAGAUUGCUGGUUGCAAGGUGCGGAACGGCGUCGUGAGUAAAGGAGCGAGAGUGAGAGUCACGAGGAUCGGGGAGAAGGUUUAUGAAGGUACCAUCAACUCUCUCAAGAACGUCAAGAAGGACGUCCAGGAGAUGCGCAAGGGCACGGAGUGCGGGAUGGGUUUCGAAGGAUGGGAGGGCUUCGAAGCCGGCGAUCAGAUCCAGACGUUCGCGGAGAUUUCGGAGAAGAGGAAGUUGUAG